GGGAGCAGGCAGCAGGAAACUCAACGCGGUUGGUACAUCCAUGGGUUGGUUCAGUUGUAGUUUAAUCUCGGAAGCAUGGAUUCUUCUGCUCCAGUUCCACACUACCUGUAGCACAGGGAGCAACUCAAGUACUGCUGGGAGCUCACACCGUCUUCUGCGGACUUUCAUCUAUCAGCUCCAGACAGUGUGUCAGUGAGAUGCAGCUACAGCUGUUCUGACCAACAGCAGCUCAACAAGUCAAAACACUGGACAGCUGACGGGGCUGCAGCCUGGAUGUGUUACUGGCUCACUGUGAGUUGAUAACCCAGCCUCCGUGUGCAAUGUGUGGAUCUGCCUUGCCCCUGUGUCUGCUGCUCUGGAUAGUAGGAACGGCUGUUUCCAGGACGCAAGGUCAGGUGGUAGCUCCUGCCAGUCUGAGCGCAGAGGUAGGUCAUUCCCUGCUGCUUAGCUGCAACGUCACCACGAAAGCGGGCGACACCGUCCGGCAAGUGCGCUGGCUCAACAGGCACAAGAAGGUCCUCCUGGCGUACGAACAAAGUGUGCCAAUCCGCAUCAGCCAUCAAGAAUCCAACGUGCAGCUCACCGCCUCCCGCAACGACGCCAGCUACAUCACCCUCCAGAGGGUGGGGCCUGAUGACGAGGGCUGCUACCGCUGCAUCUUUGAUGUUUACCCCAGGGGCCCGCUAGAUGGCACGACGUGCGUCAGCGUCACCGGUAAAGUGCAACUGGAUGGCAACAAGACGGCGGUGAGCGGGAAGCUGGCCACCCUGUCCUGCUGGUACAGCCUCCCCGAGAGGGUGCACCAGGUGCUGUGGACGAAGACGGCCGAGCAGGGCGACACCACCACCGUGGCCUCCUACGCCAAGCGUGGCCACCGGAUUGUAGAGGAGCAGUACAAGGCUCGGUUUAGCUUGAGCCGAUCUCUGAGCGACACCCAACUCACCAUCCAGGCGGUCAGGACUGAGGACGAGGCCUGCUACACCUGCGAGUUCCACACGUACCCAGACGGAACCAGACGGGACACUGCCUGCCUCUCUGUUCAUGUUUUACCCAAACCAGAGGUGAGUUAUGUGACCUCGUCGUCAGGAGUCACCGAGGCCAACUGCACGGCCCAGUCCCGACCUGCAGCAGAGAUCAUGUGGAACGUCGGCGGGGACAACCGGACACUUGGACCGCCCGCUUCAUCCGCCUACGACCAGGGCGACGGCACGACGGUAGUCACGAGCACUCUGUUAUUCCAAUCAGCGAUGCUCAACGACCAGUCCGUCGAGUGCAUCGUGCACCACCCGGGUCUGAACAAACCCCUGACAGUGUCCCUCAACACAAACGUGGGUCCUGCCAUGGUCAUCCUCCUCUCAGUGUGCGGUGUGGCAGCGGUCCUCCUCCUGUGUCUCUGUGUGUGUCUCUGCAAGUGCUUCAUCUGUACCGACGACUGAUUUGGAUGCCGACGUCACUGCUGCUUUGAUGAAGGUCCAGUGGAGCUCUGAGCCUGACCUAGCUGCUCAGCACCGUGCCCUCCAGCUCAGCGUGCAGAGGAAGGGAACAGAGCUUUCACAGAACUGAACCGACGCUGCUGGUUCUGCUUCCACGGGCUGGGAGGGUCCCGCUAGUGCACACACACAUUUCUCAUGUCAUUUACUACAACGUAAACGGCACUAAAACCACAUUAUUUAAUGCUAGAUAUUACACUUACACUAGAAUAGUUGCUUUGAUGAUUGAUGAGAUCCUUGUGAUAUGAAUAAGGGGGUGUUGGAUUUGGAUCAGUAGAUCUUAUGGCUUCAUGGAGGUCCAGUGGUGUUGCAGUGUAUAAGGUCAAUUCUCAGAUGUUGUGAUAAUG